GAAAGUUCAAAGGUGAAACUCGUGGUUUGGAUGUUUAGCGGGCUCCAAAACAAACUCGGCUGCUAGUUUUGUGUUGUUGUUGUUGUUGUCGUCGUCCGCGUUGACCACAUCUACUACAUGUAAUCAGGGUUGACCGGGACAUUUUGUUUGCUUUUAAAUCCCAGGCUUGUUGCUAGAGGACACUUCCGGUUUGUUAUUUGACAUAGUUAGACUCACUGUAGUUCGUUAGCAACUAGCGGCUAACAGUUAGCUGGCAGGUUUUCCCGGGUUAAUGCACUGUGCUGAUUCACAGACAGCUCUAUAAUAAAUCUACACAAGCCUUAACAUUUUAAGUUUAUUCUAUAACACUAAAAGCAGGUCGUGUAGUCAGUUGAAGUUCCUUUGCUAAUUUGGCUAACACAGUGUGGAGGCUAGGUCAGUGUGCUAGUAAUGGCGGAGAGACCGGAGGACCUGAACCUGCCUAACGCUGUCAUCACCCGCAUUAUCAAAGAGGCUUUACCAGACGGUGUCAAUGUGUCCAAAGAAGCAAGAAGAGCCAUAUCUCAAGCAGCCAGUGUGUUUGUUCUAUACGCAACAUCAUGUGCCAACAGUUUCGCCAUGAAAGCCAAAAGGAAGACUCUAAACGCCGGGGAUGUGAUGUCUGCUAUGGAGGAGAUGGAGUUUGAGCGUUUCUUGCCACCUCUACGUGAGGCUCUUGAGGCCUACAAGAAGGGCCAGAAGGGGAAGAAAGAGGCGUCGGAACAGAAACGUAAGGAUAAAGAGAAGAAGAACGGCACAGAGGAAAAUGAUAAGAGCAGAGAAGAAGAGGAGGAUGAAGAAGAGCACAUGGAGGAUGAGCAGGAUGGAGAGAACGAGGGAGAGGAGGAGGAUGUGGAGAACUGAAGGGGGGUGAUAGCGGAAGUUCAGCACUAUUUUCUACCUGCCCUGUUUCCUAAAGACCUUUUAUUGUGUCCAUUUCGCAGAAGAGGAGGAAGAGAAAACAAACAGCCCGCACUUGAUCUCUAUAACAAUUAAAAUUAGGCACAGAGGAUUAAAGAUACCCGAAUGAUGACUUUGUUCCCAUUUCUGUUCUGUUUAUAAGAAGUCUCUAUGUUGCAAGUUCAUGUUGUACUUGUGUUCUUAGCAGCAGUAUACCUGCUAUCCUCACCUGCAUGAAUAAGUUUAGAAAUUAAAGUUGACCAUGUCAGCCUGCCUGUAGCGUGAAGAACAGACUGAGCACGAGUCUGUUUGUAUGUUCGGAAAAGCUGGACACUCGCUUUUUGUGUAAUCGACAUCUGCAGGUGAAGUUGUACUGUUGGUAGAGUCAUCCACAUCUUUUGGUGCUUCACCUUGGAAUAAAUUGUACGGGAAAGUCUGGCAGCACAUUGAAAUAUUCAGGGAAUGUGGAAAAUGCAUUGUUGAAACAGAGAUAUUGAUGUUUUCAAUAGUUUCCUCACAUCUGCGUCAAGGCUCUGCUGGCCUUGAUAAAUGUUUUAAUACUUUCUAAUAAAUUUGUACUUUUGUAGGACUCACUCAGCACACACUAGACUGUUUUCUUUUUAUAUUAAAGAGGUUUUUGUGUCUAAA